UGUUUGGAAAAAUUAUUAAUUGGCGUUUACCUAUAUGUUUAGGUAUCAUUUCAAGCACUUGGGAUUUAUUUUCACUUAUAUCGUUCAUGGUGACGGCCCACAUGGCCGGUAAAGGACAUCGGACGCGUUGGCUGGCCAUCGGUUCCUUUUUCGUCGGUCUCUCCUGUUUUGUUCGUCUCCUGCCACACAUUAUUUACGGGCCAGGCGAAGAGAUCCUUCAGUACACCGUCGAGUACGGCGACAGCGUGAACUCAACUUCUCUUCUCAGUAACAUCUCGAGACAAAAUGAAAAAAUCUGCGAUGGUCAACCAUUGUAUGAAGACUGUCAUAACGAGCAGUUAUGGAACGUGGCUGCUUUCCUGUUGUGUGCCGCGCACGCGAUGCUGGGCUUGGGUGGUUCAUUGUACUGGACUUGUGGUGCAGCGUACUUGGAUGAUAACGUUCGCAAGAAUGCGGUACCCGUGCUUUUGGCUAUUGUUCAGUGCAUACGGAUGUCGGGUCCUAUGUUGGGAUACAUGCUGUCGGCAUACACGCUAACAAAUUUCAUCGACCCUAAUCUAACGCCGACCAUAACCAAUGAAGAUCCUAGGUGGAUCGGUGCAUGGUGGAUGGGUUGGACGCCCAUUGGUAUUACUUGUAUAGCUUUUUCGAUGAUGAUGAUGCUUUUUCCAAGAAUGCUUCCGAGGGCGGCAGUCCGCAAGCUAAAAGAGCCGGAAGAGAAAAAAGAACACGUUUCGACCGAUUUCAAAACGUCUUUAAAACGGAUUUUGUCAAACAAAAUACUAGUGUUUAAUUCAGCGAGCAACUCGUUUUUCGUGUUGGGCCUAAUUGGGUAUUGGACGUUCAUGCCUAAGUACAUGGAGACCCAGUUCAGACAGACGGCAGCACAUUCCAACUUUGCAUCAGGCGCCAUAGGCAUUUUGAGUUCGGGUUUGGGUAUUGUGACAUCCGGAGUGGUCAUAUCCAAAUUCAAACCAUCGCCAAGGUCGCUGGCCAUGUGGAACUUCAUUACGGAGGCCUUGGAGGUGGUUGGUCACUUCGCGUACAUCUUUCUCGGGUGCGCGGCAGAAGAUUUACACGGCCAGUGGAAUGCGGACAAAACAUGGAAUUUGACGAUGGACUGCAACGUGGGCUGCAACUGCGGGAAAUCGAUGAGCUACAAUCCUGUCUGUUCGUUUGACCAAUCUACCACGUUUUACUCUCCGUGCUACGCGGGAUGUACCACGGAGACGAUCGUCGAUGGUAACGUAAAGGCCUACAGCAACUGCACCUGUAUCGGUGGCUUGGGCACAGCCACAGAGGGAGUGUGUCCGGUUGCCUGCGGUCAAGACUUCAUCAUUUUUCUCGCUCUGAUGGGCGUGAUGAGGUUCUUGUCAUCUACCGGUCGUUCGGGCAACACCAUCAUUCAGUUCAGGUGUGUGAAACAAGAGGACAAGUCACUAUCGUUGGGUUUCUCGGAAGUGGUAAUGGCCCUGGUGGCGUUCAUGCCUGGCCCCAUAUUAUACGGAACGAUUGUCGACGCAACUUGCAUAGUGUGGGGCGGCAAGUGUGGUGCCGAUGGUAAUUGUUGGCUGUACGACGGUAAGCGGCUGAAGUACUACUUGAACUUUACCGGUGCUAGUUUUCUGCUGAUCGGUACUAUACUGGACAUUGGUGUUUGGUAUCACGUGAAAGACCUGAAGAUUUACGACGACAGCCGUGACGAAAAAUCUCGCGAACAGCAAUAACGACAAAUCGAAAGAACAACGUUGAUGUGUAAAACGAGAGUUAAUAUGUAUUGUCAUAUGAUCCAACUAUUAAUAUACUGUACAUUUGUUAUUAUUAUUUUGAUAAUUAAUGCGAGUCGGACUUAACUAAUUAUAUAUUAAACUGUAACCUGAAUACCCUAACCUAUCAUCAAAUAGAUAUUGGUAUUUUAAAAUAUGAUCAGGAGUAUUUAAUUUCGAUCAAUCGCAUUC